UUUUUUAACAGUACAGCAGCAAAAAAUAAGCUCUCAUCAGAAGAACUUUAUACAAGACUAGGAAGUGCUGUGGGUCCUUUGCCGAAACAAGCCUUACAGGUUAUUCGGCAUGUGUGGAACGAACAGGGGAACGCCAUCGCUGGGUCUGAAGAUGCUAGUAACAUAGGAAUGGUUGGCCAGCUUAUUGACUUCCAGUGGAAGCUGGGGAUGGCAGUCGGCUCCGACAGCUGCCGGUCUUUGAAAUGCCCUUACGUUACGAUGGCAGUCAAAGCGGCCGAUGCUUCAGGGCACGUCACGAGCAAAUCUUUUGAAAUGACCGUCCCACAAUUUCAG